AUGGAUAGGUACGAGUUGUGGUACUCUGGCAAUGAGAGGCGGCGUAAUGGAGUGAGCAUCUUAGUGGAUGAGGAGCUAAGAAGUGCUUAUGUGCCAUAUGUGGGCUUAGAUGAGGAGGUGAAAGUGAGUUUUUGGGAGGCUUUGGAAGAGGUAGUAAGAAGCGUGCCUAGCUCAGAAAAGAUUAUCAUAGCAGGGGACUUCAAUGAGCACAUUGAUGUUGCCCCGGGAGGUUAUGAGGAUGUGCAUAAAGGGUUUGGUUUCAGUGGCAAAAAUGGUGAGGGAGUUGCUCUGUUGAAUUUUGCGAUGGCGUUUGGGUUGGUGGUUGUGAAUUCGAGCUUCUCGAAAAAGGAGGAGCACCUGAUUACCUUUUGA